CAACUCGUCAAGUAUGUAGCCUUUUACAGACGAUUGUUUUGCGUUUAUCCGCAGAAGCCAAAUGACGGUGCGUGCGUGCUAAUAGACGACACUCAUCUAGAAUAAAAAAACAUGUUCAAAUUGUCCUGUUAAUGAAAUUAGGCUGCAAACCAUAUCCAAUUUACUAAUGCGUUUAUUAACUGAAAAAAAAACGCCCAAGUUGAUAGUGUUGGGAAGUGCGACAGUCGCGGGAUGUCGUCGGGAAGUAAAACAAUAAAUUGAAUAGUGAGUUGGGUUCUGAUAAGGAAAUGAAACGAUAAGACGGUUUCGACGAUAAUAUUGAACUUGGUACUCUGUAGUAAUUCUAUUAUGUAUUAAACAUGUUGUGCAGUCAGUGCUAAAAGGCGAAGGAAAUGUGAAGCUGCAGGAUUUGGAAGGAAGUUGCAUCUGCACGCGAACUGUGAUUCUAGAUCAAAGAUAUUUUAUAUAAUAAGAAAUGAAAAUGACAAACGUUAAAAUAACGGCCGUUGGAGACGGUAUAGUAGGAAAAACUUGCCUACUGACCACUUAUGUUACUGGGGAAUUUCCUCAGGCGUAUAUUCCAACAGUAUUUGAGCACUAUGGGCAACAAAUAACGGUAGAUGAUGUGGAUUACGACAUAACUUUAUGGGACACCGCCGGUCAAGAGGAUUACGAAAGACUUCGACCUUUAUCUUAUCCGGGCGUCUACGUGAAAAAUAUGCAGGCACGAGUGGCUUCCAUCUUCAGAGGUGGUUGAUGCGGCGAGUAAACCACAAAACGUCAAGAAGAAUUUGUCCCGACGACCUAAAAGCCCAAAAAACUAAACAGUUUCUAAUAGAUUCGUUUUGCUGAGCCCUUCGGGCACCACACUGAUAGAGAAACUCAACGGAACGAAGGGCUCGGCACAACAAAUCUAUUAGAAACGGUUGAAGAAGUGUGCUUCGCCUAACUGUCCAGACACUCAAGAAACUAAUGAAGAUGGAAGAAAAUUGGUAUUUAACGAUAUUGCAAGCGUUUUGACGCAAUUUAUUCAAAAAAACUUUGAAUAUUGGUGUUACAAGCUUUACUGCGAAUUUCUAAUUUUGACUAUCUUAACACCAUUCUUUUUCGUGAUAGACUCGUGGUCAAUCAUUGAAACCAGUCGGGUUUUUAAG